AUGGCCCUGUCUCGUAGCCUAAACGAAGAAGCGAAAGGAAGGUUUUACUACGCUCAGACGAUGAAAUAUUGUUUCUUUUACAUCAUCGGUAUAUCGGUGAUCAUGUCGGUGCUAUUCUUGAUGCUAUGUGUAUAUUCAAGUCAAUGUUCAUGGAAACAAAUUAAAGAACUAUCCGUACAGCGUGGUUAUUUUAUUACUUCAAAGAACUAUACAUCCGUCGCACGAUCACGGGAAUUCGGAGAUUUAACAACGCAAAGCUGUGAACCAUUACAUCCUCGAGUGGUAUUUUAUAACAGGAUAUUCAAAUCUGCCAGUUCAACAAUGUCCAGUUUCUUCAAAAAAUGCAGUAAACGACUUGGCUAUAUAUUUACCAAAGAUUUCACUGAAGAAUGGGAGAAUGAAAAUAUCUCACACCCAAUACUAACACGUAUUCAAGCACAAAUUGCUCGGAGCAAAAAGCUAAAUAAAAAACUUAUGGCAGUUGCUCAUCUGUAUUUCAGAGAAGAUAUCGAUUCAGCUUACAUUAAUUUGUUACGAGAACCUGUCGCUCGUUUUAUAUCGCAUUAUUAUUACUGCAGAAGUCCAAACCGAUAUGCUCACAAGUUAAAAAGGUUAAAAGAAUUGGGCCAUUUUAAUGUCACCAUUGAAAAAUGUCUAGAAAAACAAUACGAAGGAUGCGUAUGGAAUCAUAUGACAAGAUUCUUUUGCGGACCACAAGCAUUUUGCAAAACUGGAAGUGACGAAGCUUUAGCGGCAGCUAAACAUAAUAUGCUUCAUUACUAUGCAAGUGUGGGGAUUAUGGAAAACAUUAAUGAGUUCGUUAUGGUUUUGCUUAAACGACUGCCCGAUUUUGUACUUCCGCCCCCUAGGGAUGGAAUGCGGAAAAAGAAAGUAACUAAGGGAGUAAUAAAAAAUGGAAUAAGUGAAUCCACAAGGAGCAUGAUUAUAAAUGCCAACAGGGCUGAUAUUGAGUUGUACGAAUUUGCGAAAGAUUUACUUUUUAAACAAGCGUCGAAUUGUGGUAUCAAAAUUGUUAGAUGA